AUGGGGAGCGCACAGCGUCUCAUCUUGAUCACAGGCGGCUCGGGGUACAUUGGGGCCCAUACGGUCGACAGCUUCCUCCGUCAUGGCUACCGCGUUCGUCUGGCCGGACGUAGCGAGUCUUCGUGUCAGCAGAUGCUCGCCACACACAGCGAACAUCGCAAGCUGAUCGAUACCACGGUUGUGCCGGACAUCACCGCACUAGGAGCCUUCGAUUCUGCCGUCCAGGGUGUUGAUGGCGUCGUCCACCUCGCUUCUCCGUUCUUCCAUGGCUUCAAAGACGUUGAGAAGGACAUCCUUCUGCCAGCAAUCAAUGGUACCACAGAGAUACUGGAAAGCAUCAAGAAGCACGCCCCGCAGGUUCGCCGGACAGUGAUCACUUCUUCUAUCGCCGCUAUUCUCGAUUUGAGCAAAGGCAUACGGCCGGGACACAUCUACAAUGAGAGUCAGUGGAAUCCAAUCACCCACGAAUCUGCCAUACAGAAUCCGGCUGUUGCAUAUGCCGCAAGUAAGAAGUUGGCAGAAGAAGCCGCAUGGAACUUCAUCGAGACGGAGAAGCCAAACUUCUCGCUUGCCACGCUUCAGCCUAUGAUGGUCUACGGCCCUCCGUUCCCGGGUUCCACCAGUAUCUCAAAUCUCGGCACUUCUGCGAACGACAUCUACGUCCUCAUGAAUGGCUCGCUUACCCAAGCUCCCACCACGCGCCUGCCCGUCUACGUCGACGUCCGGGACGUUGCUGAAGCUCAUAGACUGGCCUACGAGACGGAGGGGGCUGGCAGGUUCGCGCUGUGCGCUGGAAACUUCACGAAGGGUCAGGUGUGCCGGUUGCUUCGUGAGUCUGGCCUUGGGCUAGAGAACCGUGUGCCGUCCGAGGGGCUGGACGCGGAGAAUGACCUUCAGUCGUACAGUGUUGAUUCUUCGAAGGCAUAG